GGGACAACGUAAGCUGAGAAACAAGCUGGGCAACCAGAAGAGAAAGAUGCCAGACAGCUGCUGUCAGCAGGUACCCGGACAGAGCAGAGAGGAGGCUGGAAGCGUCUCCACAGAGCCAGAACCCAUGCAAGUCCCGGCAGCACCGGUGGUCACUCCUCGUGGAUGCCCCUAUGCGGAACAGCCUCAUUGCAGCAACUUGGUACCCAGAAUGUCUUGCACCAAGGCCCCUUCGCCUAUCCCAGCGGGUGCCACCACCACAACCACCGUCAUCGCCUUGGGACCCACUGGGCAUCUCAGUAUCUCUACGGAGGAUGACCUGGAAUGCUUAGUGUGCCGAGAACCCUACAACUGUGCCCGGUCCCCCAAGCUGCUCAGCUGUCAGCACGCCUUCUGCGCUGUGUGCCUGAAGCUUCUGUUAUUUGUGGAAGAAGACACCUGGUCCAUCCCCUGUCCACUGUGCCGAAAGGUCACUGCCGUCCCAGGAGGCCUAAUCUGCAGCCUGCGAGACCAGGAGGCGAUGGUGGGGCGGCUGGCCCGUUCAUGCCCGGAGGUACACCUGUGUCCCCAGAGACUAGUUGGUUCUGCCACUCCGGCCGCACGGCCAGCCAACUGGGUGGGAGAAGAUGAUCAGGAUGUAGUAAGUGUCAAUCGUGUAGCUGCCCGGCGCCUAGCCGUACACCUGUUCUUGUUGGCUCUUCUCAUUGUCCUAAUCCUGCCUUUCAUCUAUCCGGGUGUCAUCCGGUGGGUGCUGGCCGUUAUCAUCGCCCUGGCGCUACUGAUGGCCACCCUACUCUGCUGUUACCCCUACAGCCGGAGCAGCAACUGGCCUUGCUCCAGGACUCUGCUCUGCAGAGAGCAAAAGCAAGCCCAGAUCACUUCUAUUGCCUGAGAGACCUGGAUCACUACAGGCCCAGCACUGCCACGGCUCCCCUUCCCCAUAUCUCAUAACCCACGAAGGAAAAGGACUAGGAGCCUCCCUUUGAAAUCACAUGCGAACUGGACUUGUACUAGCUGUGUUGGAUCAAGGACUCGGGGCUGGGACAAUGGGCUUGCACCCGUCUGCCUUGUGUAGCAUAGCCAAACUUUUAGGGGAAAAGGGAAGAGACACAUUCCCUUAAUGAAUGACUUUCAAGGGUGGUGGGGUCCCUACCCCUCUUCCUGAGCUCCUGGGUUUUGUAUAUAUCACUACGUGCACAUAUUGGGACGUUGACCUUACUACAAAGCAAAUAGAACCAGCGCUCUUUUGUAAUCCUUGUACCUGGCGUCAUUUUCUGGUCUGGGUUUUUAUGUUUUGUGUGCUGGGAAGUCUGUGGCCAUUUCUAGCUGUUGGACCUUUUUCCAUCCUGGGAUGCCCGUGCUCAUGGGAGCAUUGCCAGACGUUCUCCAGAGUCAUUUACCACGGUUAUCCUAAACCCUUCAUGGCAAAGGUCUCAUCAGGGUUUCCCACAGGAUCCACCCCGGGGGUGCAGGGAGGGAAGAAGCCACACAGAGGCAUACUUAUAAAGCUGGGGAAGGGGCUAUCUCAGGUUGAGCAGAUAGAGCUGGGGAGGUGUGGAGAGGGUGAGUUCAGGAAUUGUCCCCAGACUCCUCACUGAGAUCACCAGGCAUGAGAGAAUCUCAGGGUUAUAAGGGCGGAGGAGAGAGAGAAUGAAUGAGAAUCCAGCUCGCCCUCAGACUCCCAGGCCCACAGGACAGAACGGAAGGUUUCCAGGUGGUGCCACCCUUCUUAUCACAUCUACGGUCUUGUUUGUUCCUUUGCCAUAAAGAUAAGGCAUCUCGUAAAGGCAACGGUCCUCAGCAGUGACACCCCUGCCCCGCCCCCCACCCAGUCUCAGUGUGACAGUCACUAGAUAGGUCCCUGGGUCAUCUCUUCAACACAGGGAAGCAUCUGUCCUCAGAAGUCAGCUCUGGUGGGUUCCAGGCUAAGGCUCAGCCAGGGAGGAGACGGAAAAACAAGGAGUCCAGCAUGGGAGCUGGAAGUACAUCUUGGAAAAUCCGUGAUUAGCAGCGCCAGACAUGAAAGUCUGGAGGGACUCACCAGGCCCCUCGCACGGUCCUUUCCCAUGCACCCCACUUCCUGAAACGGGAGAAUUACAGACAGAGAGGGCACAGUUCAUGGUGACAGAACCUUCGUCAAGAGUGAGCAGAGGACUCUGCCAUUGGGCCCUGGGUGCUCAGCCCUGGCCAGUGGUCACAUGCUGUUGAGCAAGGUCUUUGCCUCUCGGCUUC